AUGAAGGAGCUGGCGGACCUCGUUGUGGGCAACGCUGUCAACCCCCGCCUGCUGCUGCAGCAAAAGGGAUGGCAGGUGGAUCUGAUGGCACUGCUGGCGCUCAUGCGCUCACGCCUCUCCCCGCCCUCCCCCCCCACCGCCACCACCACCGCCACUGCCACCGCCACUACCACUCCCACUGGCACGAGCAGCAGCGGUGCACAGGGCAAAGGGCCGCAGGCAGCAAACGGGUGGAGUGGGGCAAGGAAGGGGGGGCGGGGCAGCGAGGGGGAGGUGGGGGAGGAGGAGUUGGAGGAGGCGGAGGUGGUGUGGGAGCAGGUGCGGCGGCUGCUGCUGGCCACGCACGCACACGCACUGCAGCACAGCAGCACCGGCUGGCAGCACGUGGCUGACACCGUUGGUGCCCUCCGCAUGUUCGCCCAGCAGGGCAAGCUGCCAUACCACCUGGUGCUGCGCCCACUGCUGGCGGAGCUCAUCACCGUGCAAUCAGGCCUCUCCUCACGGGGCAAUGCUGCGCGCAACAACUGUCUCUUCCUCUUUGCACUUAUUGACGAGUUCGCCCUGCAUGACUCGCGCCACAUCUUCCCUGCAAAGGAGCUGAUGACAGCGGGCGUGGGGGAGGCGGUGGACGGGCUAGCAGGCAUCACCACGCCGCGCUCCCACGCCCCCCACGCCGCCCACGCGCCCUCCACGCCCCUCUCCCCGCCCCACUCCUCCUCGCCCCCCCUCUGGCACACCAGUGGGGGAGCACUCUGGGGAGAGGGCCGGCAGAGCAGGGGGCGGGGGGGGAUGGGGGAGGGGAGGGGGAACGGGGAGAUGGAGGGGAGCUGGCGCAAUGGGGGGAAUGGGGGGAGGGCGGGGCUGGGGAGGCUGACAUGGGCGCAUGCACCCAUGGGGUCCAUGCGCUGGGGGGCGCACAGGGCAGUGGUGGGGGCGUGGGACGAGGGGGAUGAGGGGGAUGAGGGGGAGGAGGAGGGUAUGGGGGGACGAGCAGGGCAGGGCGGGCAGAGAGGGAGUGGGGGGCUGUAUGGGGGCGAUGGUGCCAUGCGGCCACUCACUCCGCCAGGCCUAGCAGUGCCCUUGACCCCGCCUGGCAUGAGUCCCUUGGGUGGCGCUGACAGGGGGUUUCUCACCCCUACCGCUGCCGGUGCACAGGAGGGAAGCGGUGCAGAGCGGUUCAGCACGAUGAGCCUGGACGUGGAGGGUGCGCGCAGCCCUGGGGAGGCUGACUUGCUGACGACCAGCGUUGACCUGGUUGACUGCAGCGUUGACCUUGGGGACUCCAGUGGAGCGGGAGAAGGAGGGGCGUCUAUGGAGGGGGGUGUGGCAGCGAGAGUGGUGGAGGGGCAGCUGGUAGCAGUGGGGGCGGAAGGGGAGGAGCAGGCGAGGGAAGGGGGUGGCAGAGCGGAGGAGGACAAGAGGUCGCACCUUUGGGAUCAGCUACUGCAGGCGGACGACAGUGAGUUCAGGUGGAAGGCAUACGAUGGCUUCUGGGCGCUGCUCGCCCUGCUGCACAACAAGGCCGACGCCGCCGCCGCCCUCUCUGCGGGCCUCUUCCGCUCGCUCCCCCGCUCCGCCUCCACCACCGCCCUCCCCCUCUCCCGCCUGCGCGCCCUCGCCCCGCCCUCGCCCUCCCGCACGGACCUAGACGCAGCUCUGGAGGGCGACGGGGGCGGCCACUGGGGGUGCAGCACGGAGGAGCGGCUGGAGCAGCUGGGGAAGGAGAAGUGUCCGCGCGUGGUGUUCCGCCUCGUGCUGCUCUACGUGUACGAUGCGGAAUUAGACGCGCUGCAGCGCUGCCUGCACCACUUCACAGUGCUCGUGCCCGUCAUGCUGGCGGACGGCAGCGAUGGUAACAGCGACUGGCACCGCAACCGCUUCCACCUCUUCCUCUGGUCGCUGCUGCACGCGCACGAGGCCGUGGGGCACAUGGAGGAGGGGGCGCGCGGGGAGGUGAUCGCGCAGGGCGUGCACGACGUGGUGGUGUCGGCUGCUGCUGUGUUCGCGCAGCCCAUGAAGGGGUCAAUGCGUGCCACGCCGAGCAGCUCGGGGUCGGAGGAGGAUGACGACCUGGAGGCCGCCAGACACCUCGUGCAGCAGCAGCGCGUCGACGCUGCUGUGGAGGAGGAGAUAGGGCACAUGCUAUCAGCGGUGGCGCAGUGGGAUGCGGAGCUGUCACACGCACGGCAGGCGCACGAGGCACUGAGGGCACAGAGGGUGCGGCAGCAGCGCGCCUUCCAGGAGCUGCAGCGCAUCGCCCUCGCCGACCUGCUGCACGCUGACAGCCGCCGCCGCGCUGCCGCCCGCAUCGCGUACGACGAGCAGCAGGAGCGCGUGAAGGCCGUGUGGGAGCAGCUGUAUCGGGAGAUGACGAGCGAGCGAGGGCCCUGGUACUCGCCCCCCUCGCCCUCCGCCUCCUCCUCCUCGCUCUCCGCCCUCUCGCCUGGCGCCACGCCCCCUGUGUCAGCAGCGGUGCAGCGGUGGAAGCUGGACAAGAGUGAGGACGCCCAGCGCCGCCGCUUCCGCCUGCGCCCCCACCUGCGCUUCGAUGACGCCAUGUGCCGCCCCGCCCUCGACGCCAGCAAGCCGGCAGGGAGGGAGGGGGGGGCGGGGGAGGAGGGAGGGGAGAUACGAGUGGAGAAGGAUUUACUGGAGGAGGUGGCGAUGCUGCAGGAGGAGCACAAGAGCGCCCAGGAGGGCGCGGCAGGGGCAGGAGGGACAGGCGCGGGGGCGGGUGGGGGAGGAGAGGUGGCUGUGCGGUCGAGUGGGGUGCAGCUGGGUCUGCGAUUCGAGUCCGACGAUGAGGUGAUAACGAGUCUGCCGUGCAUAAUGGUGACGGCCAAGCGCAAGCUAGGAGGGCGCAUGGAACUGAGGCGGCGCUCGCAGCACUUCUUUGCCGACUUUGUCUUUGAGGGCACCGCCGGCUCCUCUCUCUUCGACCAAGAUGGCCGCCUGCGCCCACCGCACAGCGUGCGAGGGGAGGCGGAGCGCGGCGGGGCCAAGGUGGGGCCGCGGGAGCGGUGGCGGCGCGUGACGCAGCGGCUGCUGCUGGUGGCGAAGCUGCAACCGACUGAGAAGACGCUGGGGCGGGCGAGUGUGCGCAUGGCCAAGGACCCUGACGUGCUGGAGGAGGUCAAGAUGCACCGCCAGUGGCCCCUGCACGAGGUGAGGUGGCUUUUCUCCGGCCAGUGGCCCCUGCACGAGGUGAGCUGGCUUUGCUCCAUGCUGCAUGUAUGUGCUAUUGUGAUAGUCUCAUAG